AGCACCGCCAUCAUCAAUAGAAAUUGUCGAUCAUGCGGCAAAUUCAAAAAUUGAAAUUCGAGAAAAUGAAGAAUAUCAUUUAGAGUGUCAUGUGCGGAAUUCAAAACCUGCGGCAACAAUUGUUUGGUAUAAAAAUAACGAUAUUUAUAAUACAGAUAAACGAGAAGAUCACGUGGUGAAAGUAGAAAAUGCAAACGGAAGACCAUCAAAAAGAUUCGAUGUCAUGUCUCGAAUCACAUUAACGCCUACAGCAGCUGACGAUACAGCCACAUUCACAUGCGAAGCUCGUCAUGAAGCAUUACCAGCUGAUAUGCCGAUGCGAGUUACUGUUAAACUUAGUGUAUUAUAUCCUCCAUCAAUGCCUUUCAUUGAAGGUUACACAGAAGGUGAAACUAUUAGAAGAGGUCAGCAAGUAUCAUUAGUUUGUAAGAGUCGCGUGGGAAAUCCUCCAGCACAACUUAUUUGGUAUCGUAAUGGAGAACAGGUUCGAAUGACAUAUCGAACACAGCGUACAGAAUCAGAGAAUGUAUUAACAUUUGUAGCAGAUGCAGCUGACGAUAAAGCUCGAUACAAGUGUGAAGCAAGUAACGUGAUGUCUCGUGCACCGCUCAAAACACAAAUUGAUUUAACUGUCCUCUUUUCUCCCGCAUCUGUAACUAUAACUGGGCCAACCGAAGCACGUGUAGGUGACCCCGUACCACUAACGUGUGCUACAGCCAACAGCAAUCCAGCUGCAGAGAUCAAAUGGAUGGUCGAUGGGAGACAGGUACGAAACGCAACUGAGCGUAAUGCGAUAUCACCAGAUGGUGGAUGGAUAACAACAUCAAAUAUUACGACAGUUAUUGAACCAGGAAUGCGUUCAUUGGUUGUUCAAUGUUAUGGCCUUAAUCAACAAUUAUCUGAAAAUGUUGUCAGUACUCAUACGAUCAAUAUUUUAUAUCCACCAAGUCAACCCAUUAUUCAAGGAUAUACAAGUGGAUCACCAAUUCCUGCUGGUACUGUGAAGAAAAUAUCAUGUAUGUCCUCUGGUGGCAAUCCCUUAGCAACCCUUACGUGGUAUAAAAAUGAUAAAAAGAUAUCCAGUACCAUCAGUAAAAGUGAACGAUCUGUAACAGCCGAAUUGAAAAUCCUUGCAAAUGCUACAGAUAAUAUGGCCCAAUAUCGCUGUGAAGCAUCAAAUGCAGCAACAGAAAUUCCUUUAUUUGAAACAAUCACAUUAGACGUUUAUUUUGCACCAGAUAAUGUGAAAAUUCAAAAGCAUCCAGUUGAUUUAAAACCAAAUACUCAAGCAACAUUAACAUGCGAUUCAAGUUCAAGUCAUCCACCAGCUAAAUUAUCAUGGUGGCGUGAAGGUAUUGCUGUACGUGGUGUUAAUAAUACCACUCGUCCAGGAUUACAUGGUGGUUAUGUUUCAUCAAUUGAAUUGAACAUUAAUGUAACGGAAGAUAUGAAUGGUUUAGUGUACACGUGUCAAGCCGCCAAUGAAGCAUUACAGCGAAGUGUACAUGAUGCAAUUACACUUCAAGUUUUAUAUAAACCUGUCUUUGAUGAAAAAAGCAGUCCUCAACAUGUGGUUGGUACAGAGAAUGAAACUCUUAUCGUAACAGUAAAAGCAGACGGUAAUCCCCCUAACAUUGCAUAUACAUGGACAAAAGAUGGGUUGCCAAUUUCUAGAGUUGGAAAUAGUGGUACAACGAGCUUAUCUGACAGAAUUAUCUCUGACGGUCCUCUUCUGAAUAUCACUAAAGUACAUCGUAAUGAUGCUGGAGUAUACUCUGUCGAGGCAACAAAUUCCCAAGGCGGGAAUGUUUUACAUAUCAAUAUCACCGUUGAAUAUCCAAUAACUAUUAAAUCUAUAUCGGAAUCUGUUAUGGUAAAUCCACAUGUGGAUGCAACCUUACAAUGUACAGUUGAUGGAAAUCCAUUAACAGAAAAUUCAGUGACAUGGGAACGAAGUAAUUAUGAUUUAGAAGGCAGAACAACGACUACUUUCAAUUUUGAAAAUAAAACGUCAACAUUAACAAUACAUGAUCCGACUAGAGCUGAUGUUGGAGAUUUUCUAUGUGUUACAGAUAAUAAAAUUGGCAAUGUAACGAAACGACCAGUUUUGUUAGUCGUGAAAUAUAAACCAGAAUUAGAUACAUCACCUAGUUUAAUGAAAGCUGCCACCGAUGUUGGAACACAAGCACGUUUAGUUUGUCGAGCGUCAGCAGCGCCUAAAGCUCGGUUUAUAUGGUCACGUGAAGGUGCAUCAAUUCAAGCAAAUGCAUCUAGUAAAUAUUUUGUCGAAUAUCAUAAGCGUGAUUCACUUACAUAUGAAUCCAUUUUGUUAAUUCAACAUGUAACAAGCUCCGAUUAUGGUCCAUAUGAAUGUGUUGCAAAGAAUGAAAUGGGUUUUGCUAGUUCAACAGUUCGAUUAGAAGUGACAUCUGCACCGGAUACGCCUGUCAGUAUCAGUAUACUAAAUGUCACACAUGAUUCAGUGACUGUUGCCUGGACUCCUGGUUUCGAUGGUGGUAUGAGGAGUACAUAUCGCGUGCGAUACAGAUUAAUAAAUGACGACAACUACAAAUAUCAAGAUGUACCAUCCGAUAAUCAAACAAUGCUUACUGUCCGUGGUCUGGAUUUAGGUUCGGAAUAUGUGUUCUCUGUUAUGGCAAUGAACCAACUUGGAUCCAGCAAAUAUUUACCAGAUUUAACACGAGCAAAAACAUUAAGUCAAUUACCACCUUCAUAUCGUUCACCAACAGCAUCUGAUUCAAGUUCUGAUAAAUCAAAUCAAAAUUUUCCUGGCAUGUUGAUUAUAGUGGGAACAAUUUCUGGCACGGCUUUAAUACUUCUUAACGUUCUACUAAUCGGAUGUUGCUUGCAUCAUAAAGCGAAAAAACGUGUUACAGAACAAAGUGGUCAUACUAGUAAAUCAGCAACCAUUGAAAUGUAUGCACCAAGUAGUUACAAUGAUACAGUUACUGGAGAAACACUUUCAUCAGUUAGCGAAAAAAGUGAAACAUAUUCAAACGAAGGAAGCAAUGCUGAUUAUGUGGAUGAAGGCCGUAAGCAAGCCGCUAGUACAUACCUCAUAGAUCAAGGUGAAUAUCCAUCACCUUAUCCACCAAACUAUCCAGCCUAUGAAAUGCAAAUGCAUCCUAAUAGGGAUUUACCCCCACCUCAUAAAACUCAUACACUACCUCAUCCACAUCAUCAUCACGCACAUCAUAAUAAUCAAGCAGAUGUAAAUCGAACACGUGAUGAUCAAUCAAUUGGUGGACGGAAAUAUGAUCAUAGUGGAAAUAUGUCGGCUAAAUCGUCGUAUAUCAGUGCUCCGUCCCCAGCCCCUCCAACUGAUGGCUCCUACUAUAAUAUGGCUGAUCGAUAUUUAUCAUAUCCACCACCAUUAGAAUUUAGUCAUCAACAUUCACAUACACCUCCAAUUCCAACCCCACCACCUUCAAUGCCGGCAAAUGGUACUUUACGUCGGCAUCAUACAGCACAACGAAAUAAUAUGGCUGUACCGCCAGAUGUUUUACAUAAUACAAGUGCUGGUGUACAAAAUCAACAAAUUCUUCAUCCGCAAGGCUUACAAGGCCAAACAGGCAUUUUGAGAAAUGAUUGUAUACCAUCUAUGACAACAUUUUCUAACGUUGGUAAUUUUCAAGGACCCAUAGAACAAGAAGGACAUCUGGUUUGAGACGAGGCUAACGAUAUAAUCUGUAUGGAAGAUUAUGUAUAGUGCUACACGAAAGACAAAAUAUCUAUACAUGAAUUUUCAAAAUAUACAAGUGAAUUUAAAAUUUAAUAAAAAAUUGUGAUACCGAAUAAAAAUAAGUAGUGAGCAGUCUACAAAAAAACUGAUAAAAAACAGUGAUGUGUGAACUAUCAAAGUAAAA